GUCUGUAAAUGAUUGACUUUUACAUUUGCAGACGUUUGUAUUGUAAUACUGAUGUCGAAAGUAAGCAAAAACAACCACAAUAAUAAAACAACCAAAAAUCGAUAAUAAAGCUGUCAAAUCCGCUAAUGACGUAUGGAUAGAACCAUUGAAGACCUGCCGCCGCAACUUUAAAUCGAGAAAGCUAAAAGAGGGAGUCUUCCUUCACCCAUGUCGGUGACGCAUGUCAAAAAGGAGGGGGUUCCCUCCUCUGCUCAGCCCUGCAAGCCUCCGAAGCUCCCGUCAACCUGUCCCCCAAUUCAAGCGGAGUUGUGUUAUUUACCCGGACGUCUGCGUAUAAAUCCCUCUCUGUGGGACACAGAGGAUGUAGCUCAUUGGCUAAACUGGGCCCAGAAGGAGUACUCCCUGCGCUGGCCAGAGAAAAAGUGCUUUGAGAUGAAUGGACGAGCCCUCUGUCUGCUCACCAAGGAGGACUUCAGACGGCGCUGCCCAAAUUCAGGUGACGUGCUCUAUGAGAUCCUGCAGUGCGUGAAGCAACAUAGGAUGGAUGUGCUCUGCAAGCCCCCCGAUCAAUCCCAUCACAGACCUCUGAUUCAGCAGAACCCCAAUGCUCUCGUCCAAAGAGCCCAGUGUUUUGCAACACAUACAAGCAUAGUUCCUGGAAGCGUUGAAGGCCCAGCUCGUUCCUUUACUAGUUUGACCAGCCGGCAUGAACCAGUGAAACAAGAAAAUUCCUCAUCUCCUCCCACGCAUCGGCUUCCGCAAACCUCCCCGGAUGUCUUAGCUGAUGCCCCCACACCUCCGUCCGAGAGUCCUCGCACAGCCAACCCCGGGGAUGAACCCCUAAACCUCUCCAACCGGGAGAAGGCAAGAAGCCCACCGCGUGAAGGACACAUACCAGAGUGCAGGCUCCUCUGGGACUACGUAUACCAGUUGCUCUGUGAUCCGCACUAUCGGGCGUACAUCCGCUGGGAAGACCAAAAGAGGCUUGUGUUCAAGGUUGUCGACCCAAAUGGACUCGCUCGCCUCUGGGGAAACCACAAGAGCAGAGACAACAUGACCUACGAGAAGAUGUCCCGGGCUUUGCGACACUAUUACAAACUGAACAUCAUCAGGAAGGAACCCAAGCAGAAACUACUAUUCAGGUUCCUGAAGACCCCUCAAGAGAUUAGAGUGCAGCGGAAAGUGCCGAGCACUGAGCAUGGGAUUGCGCCCCAGGGACAGAGUCCUUUCCUGGACAGGGGCUCCCCCGGACACUCUCCUCCAACAGAGUCUGAUGAAGACAAAGCGUUGGAACUGUCCCCAUAGUCCCUCCACGGCUGGUCGAUUUCCAGUGAGCAGGGAAGGAGUCAUUUUUAUGUGUCUGUGUGACCUUUGUAGGUGAAUAACGGUGAAACUGUUGGGUCUGGUCGCAAAGUUCACGAUCAUAAAUUUGCCUUUAUAUUGGUCCACAAGAAGUUUGUGGAGGUCAAUGUAUCAGUCAGUGGCUUGUAGUUUGCUAUUGCUGUUGCUGAUGACCGAUAUCAACGUGUUGUCUCAGGGCUAUAUCAGAUAUUGCUGACUUUACUAACAUUUUUGGUUGUUUGCAUGCAGAAUUAGGCAACAAAUACAGAUUGUGGUAAUGUGUCAAUUUGAGCUGAUGUUUUUUUGUAUUUUCUUCUGUUCUAAUGUUGUCAUGUCACUCUCAAGUAAAACUGAACUUUUACUUUUUUUUUGUCAUUAUAUAUAUAAUAUGGUUUAUUGAAGACUAGUUAUUGAUACGUUAUAAAUUGUUUUAACUGUAUAAAUUGAACAAAAGCUUUUAAUAUCAUAUCAAUUAAUAUAAUCUUGAUAAAUUAUAUUUGAUUUUAGAACUGCAUUUUCGUACGGAUCAUGCAAUUGUAUGUGGUGUGUGUCUAGGUUUGUGUGUUUUGAGUUUGUGUUAAAUGAUCAGCAGAUAUAUAUUCUGUAUUUUUCUCUGAUUCUCCGUGGGUUUAGAUUAUGCUAAACCAAUCUGUGACUGUGUCUUUCUUAAUGCCUAUUGAUUUACAUAUUUGUAACCCGGGUUUAGAUAACACCUUUUUCAUUUAAUCAGAUUUAAAUCACAACCCAUUAAAGAAUAAAUAAAUAUAAAGAGAAAA